UAUCAAUAUUAUGAUAUGAUCAGUGUUCAAAUACUAUACUUGGUACCGAGUAACAAUCACCGCCAACACAGUCAAUGUCUCCGGCACGCUAGUGAAAUUGUCGAACGAGGUGCCGCAGGUGAAUGCCAUUCAUUACACGGUACAGACAUAAUACCCCGUACCGUACCGUCGAUAUAGCCAGGUAGCUGAUACAUCUAACACCUCAAUUAGCCCACCCCACACGUAACAAAGAAAUAUUCGCUUCUUUCGUGGAAGAACUAAGUGCAUUUGCCCACGAUAAUGCAGUCCUGUAUCAGUAGCACCGUGAUCCUAAAUUAUAUAUAGGUACCUACCACAGUAGGUAUCCAUGAAUAUAUAAAUAGACAUGGUACUCAGUAUCGUAAUGCCUUCCCAACAUCCCCUAUGAUGUUCCGAUGCAACCCAUACUUGCUUGGCCCUUCAGCCUUCGCCUCGUCAUACCUUCCUUUGCUCUGCUUUCCUUGUCCUUACUCCAUGGGAGGUGGGAUUUAGGUUUCCUAAGGAUAUGGAGUCAUCUAUGCGCAGGCCUUAUCAUGGGCUUUGAGACGUCGAGGCUGCCCAUAGCUCGCUCAAACAUGACGAGUACAAGUACAGUCCUCGGUGCCGCCACCUCACCGAGUACAAAGUAUAAACGGUCGCUUUUGCUUCCGUCAGUAGAUCACUCCUAUUCGAGUCAAUGCGCAUAUAUCCUGCUAUGUCACAGACCGCAGUAAUGUAAAACAUCUGAUCUCUUUCGAACUAUGCGACAUUCACUGUGAUUGCCGACUAUCACUCCUGGAUGUCGUUCUUAUUCGUACUCGAGGUGCGCACGUUCUAGGGAAUAUAAGCAAAGCAGUAAAUGGG